AUGGUUGCUGGGAUUGAAGAAUUGAAGCACCUCUCCUUAUGCUUCAUGGUUUUGUGUCACAGAAUCCUCUCCACACGAACACAUUUUCCUUGUCGAGCUGUCUUCACAAACUGCUCCCUUCAAUUUUCCUCCACACAACAAAAGCACAUAGAAUUUCAAACGAAGGAUGAUGCCAAUAUCAUCAUCUCAAGGGCCGUAAAAGCAAAAACCGAAACUGAAGUCUUGGAGUCGUUAGCUUGUGACCCACAAUGCAGCACUAUACGAAUCACGGAUGGCUUGCUCGGGAGAUUAUUCCACCGUUUUCAAGACGACUGGAAAUCGGCCUUAGGCGUCUUCAGGUGGGCCCAGACUUGUCCAGACUACAAAACCCCACCAUUUUUGCUCGACAAGUUGGUGGAUAUUUUGGGAAAGACAAAACAGAUGGAGAAAAUGAAGGGCCUGGUCGAGGAAAUGCGCGAAACCCGUCUCGUCUCACUAAACACGAUAUCGAAAAUGAUGAGAAGAUUUGCCGGCGCAGGAAAAUGGACAGAUGCCGUGAUAACAUUCAACCAGCUGGAAAGUUUUGGGCUCAAUAAAAAUACCGAAUCCAUGAACAUCCUUCUAGACACUCUCUGCAAGGAGAAAAGAGUCGAGCAGGCUCGUUCGUUGUUCUUGGACCUGAGAUCACACAUCCCACCAAAUGCAAAUACUUACAACAUAUUUAUUCACGGCUGGUGCAAAAUAAAUCGGGUUGAGGAAGCCGAGUGGACAGUCCAAGAAAUGAGAGGAGACGGUUUCAAGCCAUGUGUCAUAAGCUACUCGACCAUUAUUCAGUUUUAUUGUUUUCGGGCCAAUUUCUAUAGAGUUUACGAGAUUCUUGACGAAAUGGAAGCACAAGGGUGCUGCCCUAAUAUCGUCACUUUCACCACUAUCAUGCAUUCUUUAACCAAGUUCGGAGAAUUAAAACGGGCCUUGGAUAUAGUGGAUAGAAUGAAAGUAGUUGGAUGUGAACCCGACACACAGUUUUACAAUGCUUUGUUGCAUACGCUGGGGUGGGCAGGCCGGGCCGAAGAAGCGCUUUACAUUUUCACAAAAGAAAUGCCUGAAAAAAAAAUUAACCCAAGUACGUCAACUUAUAACACGAUGAUUGCUAUGUUUUGCCACCGCAGACAAGAGCAAAGGGCGCUACAGUUUUUGAAGAGCUUAGAGAAUUCACCGUAUUGUAAACCUGAUGUUCAAUCAUUCUAUCCUUUAUUCAAGUUGUACUUUCAAAAUGGGAAGACAGGUGAGUGCUUGGUUGACUUGUUGGAUGAUAUGGUUAAGAAGCACCAUUUGUGUCUUGAUCUGGCAACUUUCAUGCUUUUAAUCCACGGGCUGUGCAGAGCGAAUGAGUGCGAGAGGGCAUACGAGCUUUUUAAGGUCAUGAUAGGUCAAAACAUUAAACCUCGAUAUGUGACUUGUGCUUUGCUUUUGCAUGAGGUUAAGCUGAAGAACAUGUAUGCUGAAGCAGAGGUGGUUGAAGACUACAUGAAAAAAAUGAAAUCCUUGUGAGCGAAAAACAGCAGAUAGUUGUGUGUUGAAAAAGGCUGCCCUUACACUCACAUAUAUUGGUACAACUCCUGAAGAAUUACAGUUUCUAUGCUUGCUGGAUUGAGGAAGACUUAUUGAUUGUACGCUGCAAUGUAAAGUCACAAAAAGCACAAUACUUAGGAUUGAGCCUCUCAAUAAUUUUUGGUGUUUGUUGUGUCAUGUUGACUAACCACCACUAAUGCUGACAUAGAUUGUUUUAUCAAUCAAUAUGAAUUGAAAACACUUAUCCGUAAUUACAUAUCCAUAGGUUGUGGCGCGGACUGGCCGGGAUGAGUCUGUGGUUUACUGGGGGAGGUUUUGGGUCCGUUGGCCUGAGUCUAGUUAGCUGCUAGGGGAGUUUCUAGACCCAGUGUACUAGGCCAUGGACCUUGUGACUUCUUCUGGGCAGAUCUUGUUAGGUGUUGGCUUGGUUGUAAAGGUGUUGGGUGUUCCUGGCCGCUGGGAAGAGUUUUAGUCUAGUUUACAUGGUGGUAAGUAUUUAGGUUUGUGUGUGUGUGUUUCCAUUCUUCCGUUUGGGAGUUAGUAUUCUCUACUAGUGGAAGUUCUGUAUUGUUCUUAGUUUUUUUAGUAUUGUGAGUGUGUUUAAGGUUUUUUGC